AUGACUUCUCGAGGGCGAUCCCCACUCCCGCAAUACGACAUUCGUUCUCCGUCUCGGUCAGCGUCGCGAGAUACGGUGGAGGCUCUGCUUCUCCACCAGGACGUGGAACUGAACAUCGGCAUGAUAGCCUUGUCGCCGGCCGGGAUUCUAACCGGCACAGCAAGGUCGGCGGCCGGAGCAGAAGCGCUACGCCUGUCCGAAGCACAAAAGUUAGCAGCAAACGCUCGCUUGGUGAUGCGUCACGAGGCCGCCGCUAAUUUGGACAUGUAUGCACAGAUUGUUGUAGAGCGACUCACAAAGAACGUUAAUGAGGACCAUUUGUACGAAAUAUUCGGCCAGUUCGGACACAUUCGCGACCUUGAUCUACCUAUUAGUCGCAUAUCUGGUACAAACCGCGGAACUGCUUACAUCCUUUAUGUGGAGGAGCUGGACGCCGAAGCUGCGAUUGCACACAUGCACGAGGCACAGCUCGAUGGCGCCACCAUCAACGUCUCUAUUGUUCUUCCACGCCAGAAGUUCUCUCCCCCACCGCCGCUUGCUGCAAGACGUGGCGGUGGUUUCAAUAACCGGAACGCUCCCAACGCAGCUCCACGAGGAGGCCGCCGUCUAUGUCUCGAAGCCGUUCCAGAUCCCCCGAUGAUGGCCACCGCCGAUACCGCAGUCGGUCUGCCCACUCUAGCCGGUCGCGAUCACAGUCUCCGCCUCAGCGGUACCGUCAAGGCGGGUGGAACAGACGGCAAGGACAAGGAAGAGGCGGCUUUGGCGGACGGGGCAGAAAUGGGGGUGGCAGUGCCGGCUUCCGGGACUCUCGUCCAGGCGCUGGAGGUGAUUAUGGCGGCUUUAAUGGCCGAAGGAGCUAUGAAAACGAGGCCCCACGGGGUCGUGGCCGAGAUGGCUACGGACAGCGGAAUCGGUCAAUAUCACGCAGCAGGAGCAGGAGCUGAUGUGGGAAAGUGUAAUAUGGCAGAAAAGGAGCGUGUCGUGUUCUCUAUCGGUUAA